AGAGGAGGGGGUGGGUGAGCCGGGCGCGGCUCUGUCAGCUGAGUGACAGUCACGGGACCGCGACCAACUUCUCUGUCUGGCUUCCUAGAGGAGAGGGAGGGAUGAGCAAGGGUCUCCGAGCGCGGCAGACCAGUGGUGGGGACAUGGAGAAAGAGCGAGAGACUCUGCAGGCCUGGAAGGAGCGCGUGGCGCAGGAGCUGGACCGUGUAGUGGCGUUCUGGAUGGAGCACUCCCACGACCAGGAGCACGGGGGCUUCUUCACGUGCCUUGGCCGCGAGGGACGGGUGUAUGAUGACCUCAAGUACGUGUGGCUGCAGGGGAGGCAGGUGUGGAUGUAUUGUCGCCUGUACCGCACUUUCCAGCGCUUCCACCACUCUCAGCUUCUGAAUGCAGCAAAAGCAGGUGGUGAGUUCUUGCUGCGUUAUGCCCGGCUGGCACCUCCUGGCAAGAAGUGUGCCUUUGUGCUGACUCGGGACGGCCGUCCGGUCAAGGUGCAGCGGACCAUCUUCAGCGAGUGUUUCUACACCAUGGCCAUGAACGAGCUGUGGAGGGCCACAGGGGAAGUACAGUACCAGACGGAAGCCGUGGAGAUGAUGGAUCAGAUUGUCCACUGGGUGCGGGAGGACGCGUCGGGACUGGGCCGGCCCCAGCUCCAGGGGGCCCCGACUGCGGAGCCCAUGGCGGUGCCCAUGAUGCUGCUGAACCUGGUAGAGCAGCUUGGGGAGGCAGAUGAGGAGCUGGCAGGCAAAUACACAGAGCUGGGGGACUGGUGCGCCCAGAGGAUUCUGCAGCACGUGCAGAGGGAUGGACAAGCUGUGCUGGAGAAUGUGUCAGAGGAUGGCAAGGAACUUUCUGGCUGCCUGGGGAGACAGCAGAACCCAGGCCACGCACUGGAGGCCGGCUGGUUUCUGCUCCGUCAUUGCAUUCGGAAAGGCGACCCUGAACUUCGAGCCCACGUGGUUGACAAGUUCCUGUUGUUGCCCUUCCGCUCCGGAUGGGACCCUGACCAUGGAGGCCUCUUUUACUUCCAGGAUGCUGAUGACUUCUGCCCCACCCAGCUGGAGUGGGCCAUGAAGCUCUGGUGGCCACACAGCGAAGCCAUGAUUGCCUUCCUCAUGGGUUACAGUGAGAGUGGGGACCCUGUGCUGCUGCGCCUCUUCUACCAAGUGGCUGAGUACACCUUCCGCCAGGCUGGAGCGCAAUGGCGUGAUCUCGGCUCACUGCAACCUCCGCCUCCUGUGUUCAAGCGAUUCUCCCGCUUCAGCCUCCCGAGUAGCUGGGAUUACAGUUUCGCGAUCCCGAGUACGGGGAAUGGUUUGGCUACCUGAGCCGAGAGGGCAAGGUGGCCCUCUCCAUCAAGGGAGGUCCUUUCAAAGGCUGCUUCCACGUGCCGCGGUGCCUAGCCAUGUGCGAGGAGAUGCUGGGCGCCCUGCUGAGCCGCCCCGCCCCCACGCCGACGCCCGUCCCCACCCCCGCCCGUCGAGGCGCGGAAUAAAGGCUGAGUCUGCUCC